CAAAAAGGCCAACCUCAGACAGCAGACAUAUCACUCAAUACUGACUCUGAAGGCAAGGAGGACCACGGGAGAGUGAGGCGCCUGAAUUAGCGGCAAGUCAGAAGCCAGCAAGAUGUGGAAGAAAGCUAAGGUUGUGGACCAGACAGGCCCUGAUGAAGAAGAGUCCACCCUGAGGAAAGUUAUCAUCAAAAAGAAAUCCCGGGUUCCUGGGGUGAUGAUAACGCAGUUUGUGGAGGAAAUCCCAGAGGGGAAGAGCACGCCAGACUUCAUCCGAAAGCCCAUCGCGUUGACGAUACAGGAGGGUAAAUUAGCCCUCUUUAAAGCGGUCAUCACUGGGCACCCUACUCCAGACGUCACGUGGAAGAGAGCCAAAGGAGACUUACUGGAUCCGGAAAAAUUCAGGACUAAAUAUGACCAGAAAACGGGCGAAUACUUGUUAGAGAUCAUGAAAGUACGGGGGGAGGAUGCAGACACGUAUAAAUGCUUUGCUCUUAAUGAGUUUGGGAGAGCUGUUUGCACAGCCACCUUGAACGUCAUUGAAGUUGGUUUCAAGAGGCACAAAGCAAAGGAAGAGACAGAUUCAGCUCUGAAAAGCAAUCCUGCUGAAUUCCGGAAGAUGCUUAGAACACGUGCUGGUGUUGAAAAGUGUGAAAAGAAAGAGGAAACCAUAGAUGUCAAGUUCUGGGAGCUGCUCCUGAGUGCUGACAGGAAGGACUACGAGCGUCUCUGUGCGGAAUACGGCGUCACGGACUUCCGGUGGAUGCUGAAGAAGCUAAAUGAGAUGAAGAAGAAGAAGGAGGAGGAGCAGGCAAAGUACAUCGAUUACAUCAGUAACCUGAAACACAUUGAAGUUAAGGGGGAUGGUACCGCGUCAUUCGAGGUCGACUUGGUGCUCAAAGACCCCGCCAGUAGGAUUUUCCUCUACAAGGAUGGCGUUAUGAUCCCUUUCAGUGAGGACAUGGAGAUGAAGCAUCAACUGAAGCAAGUAGGCAAGAAACUGGUCUUCACCAUCAAGGACCUUCUGCCAGAGGAUGCUGGAGUCUAUCAGGUGGACGUUGAAGAUGUCAAUGUCUUCUCCACUGAGUUCAAGAUCCCGACUGUUGACUUCCUAGUCAAAAUGAAGGAGGUGAAGGCCAAGGAGAGGGAGGAUGCGCUCUUCGAGUGUGUUUUGUCGCACCCACUGCCUAAGAUCAUAUGGAUGAGCAAGAAUAGCGUGUUGGAGGCAGGGGAGAAGCAUGAGAUCAGUGUGUCUGAGGACAAGCUUGUCCAUCGGCUGCUGGUGAGGGACUGCAUGCAGCUGGACAGGGGCAUCUACACUGCCUUGGCUGGGAUCAGGAGCAGCAGCGCCUGGCUAGUGGUGGAUGCUGACACUGAUCCCAGCAUGAAUGGGAAGAAGAAGGUGAGGAAAACGACGCAGGCUGGUGGGUCUGGUGUGGAACUGGAGGCUGUGGCCCAGGAGCAGCUGGCCAAGCUGCUGAAAGAGAAGGAAGAGACAAACUGGCUGAAGGGAAAAGAGGAGGCGAGGCUGCUGAAGGAGAAGACGGAGGCCAAGUGGUUGAAUGGGAAGGAGGAGGCCAAGUGGCUGAAGGAGAAGAAUGAGCCCAAGUGGCUGGGUGGAAAUGAGGAGGCCAAGUGGCUGAAUGGGAAGGAGGAGGCCACAUGGUUGAAUGGGAAGAUGGAGCCCAAGUGGCUGGGUGGAAAUGAGGAGACCAAGUGGCUGAAUGGGAAGGAGGAGGCCAAGUGGCUGAAGGAGAAGAUUGAGCCCAAGUGGCUGAAUGGGAAAGAGGAGGCCAAGUGGCUGAAUGGGAAGGAGGAGGCCAAGUGGCUGAAGGAGAAGAUUGAGCCCAAGUGGCUGAAUGGGAAGGAGGAGGCCAAGUGGCUGAAUGGGAAGGAGGAGGCCAAGUGGCUGAAUGAGAAAGAGGAGGCCAAGUGGUUGAAUGGGAAGGAGGAGGCCAAGUGGCUGAAGGAGAAGGUUGAGCCUAAGUGGCUGGGUGGGAAUGAGGAGGCCAAGUGGCUGAAUGGGAAGGAGGAGGCCAAGUGGUUGAAUGAGAAUGAGGAGGCCAAGUGGUUUAAGAAAAUGGGGGAGGCCAAGCUCCUGAAGGAGAAAGAGGAGGCCAAGCUGCUGAAGGAGAACAAGGAGGCCACACUGUUGAAGGAAAAAGAGGAAGCCAGGCUAAUGAAAGAGAAGGAGGAGGCCUAUUGGCUGAAGGGGAAGGAGGAAGCCAAGCUGAUGAAGGAGAAGGAGGAGGCCAAGCUGCUGAAGGGAAUGGAGGAGACCAAAUGGCUAAAGGGAAUGAAGGAAACCACACUACUUAAAGAGAAGGAGGAGGCCAAGCUGAUGAAGGAGGAGGUCAAGCUGCUGAAAGGAAUGGAGGAGCCCAAGCUGGUGAAGAAGAAGGAGACGACCAGACCCAGUAAUGGGUGUCAAUCCACUGCUCCGACAUUGAUCUCUGCAUCCAAAUAUGGUUUGAAGUCUGAAAAGUCUGAAAGCACUGAUGGGUUGGGAAGUUCAGGAUUAAAUGAUUCUGGAUCCGAAGAUCCUGAAUUUGGAGGUUGUGGACCUGAGGACAGUGGACUGGCAGGCAUGCAGGAUGACAGCCAAUGUGUAGAAAAAGAAAGUGGAUCUUCAGGAAGAAGCUCAGCUGAUCAUCAGAAUAGGCAUGCUAUGGACACAAACAGAGGACAGCCAAAUCUUGGUGGGACUGAGCCAGUUGCAGUGCUCGAGGAUGGAGAGCAGACCAUGGAGGAUAUCAAGGAGAGACAGUCCUCUCCACCUUCACAGACAGAGCCUGGGCAAAGGGAUCAGGAGAGAACAGAAUCAAAUGCAGAAGUGAACUCAUGGAACAGAGAGGGUGAAAAGCACAAGUGUCCCCCACUCCUCGCCACAGUAUCCGGAGAGAAGAACGAUCAACGUACCACAGCAAACCAAAGCCUUCAAGGUGGAAGAGAAUCCUCUGGAGGUGACUCUGAGCUGAACGAAUCACCCAGGCGCACAUGGUCAAAGCGGGGACCACACCUUCCGGAAACAGUUACCGAUCCUGGGGUUUUCUUCACAAGGGGUCUGUCUAAUGUGAACAUCACCAAAGGCCAGUCUACCAAUCUGAUUUGCAAGCUGAGCAGUGAUACGUCUGAUGGGACCUGGUACAAAGAUGGAAAGCAGUUGUCUCCCACAGAUACUCUGACCAUCACAAAAGACUGCUCCUCUCACAAGCUGACAAUCCAUAACUGCCAAGAAGAACAUGCCGGAAAAUAUUGCUUUGAAGCUGAUGGACGCAAGACUGAAGCCAUCAUCAUCGUUGAGGACCCUCCAAGGUUUAACCCUGAUGACCUGGAGAAGUUCUCAGAGCCGGUCAUUGUGAAAGCAGGGCAAACUGCAACGUUCAAGAUACCCUUCUUGGGGCAGGACCCAGCAAGGGUCCAGUGGUACAGAGAAGGUGUAGAGCUGCUGGAAAACCCCAACACCAAGCUGGAGAAGAUGGCCAAUCAGAGCCGCCUGCUCCUCCGAAAGUGUCGGCGCAAGGACACGGGCGAGAUCAAGGUCAAAAUCAAAAACGAAUUUGGUACCGCCGAAGCCAUCUCCAAGCUGAUCGUCCUGGACAAGCCCUGCCCACCACAAGGCCCCGUGGAGGUCAUCGAAAGCUCCGCCACGUGCAUCGAGAUCAAGUGGAGGCCACCUAAAGACGACGGGGGCUCGUCAGUGAUGAGCUACGCGCUGGAACGGCAGCAGAUCGGAAGGAACACGUGGAGGAAGCUGGGAGAAGUUGAGCCAGUACCCAGAUACAGGGACACAGAUGUCGACCAUGGCAGAAAAUAUUGCUAUCGCAUUGGGGCAGUGAACAGAGAAGGUGUGAGUGUCAUGAUGGAGACUGAGGGCAUCAUGGCAGGAACCAAGGCAUUCCCUGGCCUCCCAGCUGCUCCGAAAAUAGUCAGUGCUUUCAAGGACUGCAUCAAUCUUUCAUGGACCCCCCCAACCAAAACCGGUGGGUCGCACAUCGUGGGCUACAACCUGGAGAAACGCAAAAAGGGCAGCAACCUGUGGACCCCAGUCAACCCUGCAAAGGAGCCUAUUCAAGAGAAGAAAUACGUGGUGAGAGAUGUUGUGGCCGGGAUGGAGUAUGAGUUUCGCGUGGCAGCCCUCAACCUGUCCGGUGUCGGCGAGCCAAGCCUGCCAUCCGAAUCUGUGUUUGCAAGAGACCCCAAGAAGUGUCCUGGCAAAGUCAGCGAGCUCAGGAUGACAGACUCCACCUUCAGCAUCCUGUCUCUCUCUUGGAGUAAGCCUGCUGUGGAGGAGGGGGUCCAGGAUGAGGCCAAGGGCUACUUUGUGGAGAUUCGGCCGGGAGACAGCCUGGCCUGGGAACGAUGUAAUGCCAACCCGGCCUCGCUCACCUUCUUCACGGUGAAGGGGUUACGGUCCAUGGGCAUGUACUGGGUGAGGGUCAUAGCCACCAAUGAGGGGGGGGAGGGACAGCCCCAGGAACUGGACAACUACAUCCUAGCCAUGCCUCCUCCAGUCAGACCCAAAAUCACCCGCAAGCUGAAGACCUUCAUGGUGGUGAAAGCUGGGAAUUCAGUGCGAGUCAACAUAAACUUUGAGGCUUCUCCAAUGCCUGAUGUCAUCUGGUUGAAGGACAACGUCCCUGUGACCAAAAGAGUGACUAUAAGCAAUUCUGAAGGAACAUCACAGCUCUUCAUCCCAACAUCCGAGCGCUCAGAUACAGGGCUGUACACCAUCAUCAUCAGGAACUUGGUGGGUCAGGAAACAUUCAGCAUCGAGAUCCGCGUUACAGAUGACCCCAAGCCACCUGGCGCGGUGGAGCUGGAGGAGAAUGUGCCAGGCACAGUGACUGUGAGCUGGGAAGCAUCUCCAGACGAGAAGCGCGACGACCGUCUGCACUACAUGGUCUCCAGGCGGGACUCGAGCAAGAAAACGUGGAGCACAAUAGCCGAUCGGCUCUUCAACAACAAGCUCACAGCCUGCGACAUCAUGCCAGGCUGCGAGUACCACUUCCGGGUCUACGCCAAGAACGACAUGGGCAUCUCGGAACCCUCGGAAUCACCUAUGUGGGGGACAGCCAGGAAGAGAGAGAAAUUUGUGGUCAGCAUGCCGGUGUACAAGACCCACGACCUGCGGAGGGCGCCCUCGUUUCUUGUGCCGCUGAAGACUCACACCGCCCCCCCAGGCUAUGAGUGCUACAUGAGCUGCGCAGUGGGUGGCAACCCGGCCCCCCGCAUCACUUGGCUACGCGACAACGUCAGCCUCAAUGCCGACGCCAACUACUACAUCAGCAACACCUGCGGCGUCUGCUCCCUGUUGAUCCUGCGCGUGGGCCCCCACAACACGGGCGAGUACACGGUCAUGGCAGAAAACCGCCUCGGGAGGGCGCAGUGCUCCACCAGGCUCACCAUCACAGAUUAAAGAAGAUCGCUGUUUAAUAACCAGAUCACAUUUGGUGUGCAGUGCUGCACACUGGAUUCCCAUUGAUCUCACUCACCUGAGCAUGUGAUUAGUGAACGUG